AUGAAUCCUACUACUUCUGGUUCUGGGGUUACCACGCUUGACAAAAAGACACUGGGGCGUAUCGCCCAAAUCAUUGGUUCCGAUGAUUUGACCGACCCUGCUCCUACUACGACAUUUGCACAUUUAGAUGCUACUACCGUACUAUCAAGGGGAUUAGCCGCCAAAGGUAUCUAUCCAGCAGUAGAUCCUUUAGAUUCAACGUCAACUAUGCUACAACCCCGGAUCGUUGGUGAAGAACAUUAUGACACUGCACAAGAGGUUAAGCCAACUUUACAACGUUACAAAGAACUUCAAGAUAUUAUAGCUAUUCUUGGAUUGGACGAAUUAUCGAAGAGGAUCGUUUAA